AUGGCCGACCCUCAACCUGACCAGACGGGCUCUCGCAAGAAAAAGCGCAACUACUUCCAGGAGUGUGCUAUCCUGAUCGGUGACUGCGGUCCUAUCUUUGCGAGCGGAAAGUCACUGUGUGAUACCAAGCUCGGUGCCCAGCUCGGUGCAUUCAGGCCCGCUGACGAGGAUCCUUGGGUUGGGAUCCAAAUCAAGAUCCCUCUUGGUAAAGAUCAGGCGGCAAACGAAGCUUCUGGUUUCGGUGUCCUUCAUGCCCAUAAUUCUUCACAGGAUGCCAUUCUUGCAAACGACCAGUAUGUUAUCCAAGUACGAUUUCCUCGUGAAUCGCUGAAGCAGACGUUCGGGCCUGUCUCUGACAAGUUGGCGGCUCUUUUCCCCGACACUGAGGCGCUUUCAUACAUCAUCAUCUCUCUUGGUGAUUCGAAACCUACCAUCUUUGGGUAUGGUCGCCCUUACGCAAACACGGAGGAUAUCGAAAUGCAGGGAUGGGUGAACGAGAACAAGCCUAUCAUCGGACAGACUACUCUGUUAGACGUACUCCAAUUCACAGAGUAUCACAUCGUCAUUCCCAUCAAGGUCGCUGUCGCUGAGAAAAAUAUCAUUCCUGACCGACUGCCGCCUCCAUUUGAGUUCCCCUAUGCCAUCCCAGAGGCCUGGAGACCUGACGCUUUCAAGCGGGACAUCGCUGCGAACCCAGGGCAUAAGUACAAGCCCAACUACAUGCUCCCUGACAAUGACUCGCUCAUCACUACCAUCGCGCAGUCGAUUGUGCAAGACAUGAUGUGGCUGGAUGACGCUGUCCAAGUGAUAAAGGUUCCAGGAUACUUCAUCCCAGCCGACACAGAAACAAUAAGCAGAUAUUAUGUUGUCGUCGCUCUUCCUCCCGAAUUCAUCAAAGGCUUUGACGCCGCCUGGCGCCGCUUGACAAAGAACGCCGAUGCAUUCAAUCUCCUCAUCUGGGGCUCCAGGAACAUGUCGACGCCCAAAGCCGACUGGGACUGUAGACUCAUGAGCCACCCAGCAAACCUAGAGCAGCUCGCAGACCAUCCCAUCAGCGAUCAUGAAAUAGUCUUGCUUGUUCGCCGCCCCCAGCCUGGUGAGAAACGCAACAACGAGAGCCGCGGGGACAAGUACGAUGUCAAGACUUUUGCCAACCGAGAAUGGCUCUCUCUCGAGUUUGAUGCCGGCAACAUGGAGGCUGAACGCCAGGUCAAUGCUGCCCUUGACUUUCGCCAUGACGCUCAGCCCUCUAACCCAGGAGCUUACGACCUGCCCAUGGAUCAUGAGACAGACACUGUGUCAGACAACCUGACUCGUGCCCAGCGAAAGACUUAUGAGAUGGUUAUCGACCGUAUGGAGCUUCACCGAGAGGUUAUGCGUGGGUCCGGUUUCUAUCACUGGAUGACCUCCGAGCCUCCUACCUCUCAGCCACCCAAAACCCAAGCACCUUCCUCAGAGCCCAAGCAUACAGCCACGUCCUUGCGCAACCUCCCCACGAUCAAUUUCUUGGACAUUAAUGACGACGCCUACGCAAAUUGCAUUGUCGAAGAAGCUCUCCCUGAGGAUCGUGCCCGUUUCCGAGGAUACCUAAGCAACCGCCCCUUAGGCCUUGGUAUCAUCACCGCCGGUGCUGGUUUCGGAAAGACCACUGCUGGUGCAGCAGCUACGCUUGCCAUGGAAGCCAAGGUUGGCAAGGUCCUUUGCUCGGGUCCUACCAACGUAGCUAUUGACAACUUCUCGCGCCGGCUAUUCUCUCGGAGUCAGGCGAUUGCUGAUCAUUACAACAAGGGUAAAGCUCUGGGUGACCCUACCCGUCGGCAGUACAAGCUUGUUCUUCGAGCAUACAAUCCGACCCACGAACAUACGGCUUUCACUCAUCUUUUGGAGGACCCUAAAGCUGUUCAAAACGCUGCCCCAACGAGUGCUUGGAAGUUCCCUUCGAAAUGGAAGCUACCCCUCUCAUGCGCUUUCUGGAUUUUGCUGGCUCUUGGAUCCCGCGCUGCUGGUCGGGAACUGCACCCCGACGACCCUGUAUUUGUACACGAGCUUCGGAAUCGCAUCGCCCAACGAAAGGACCUCACCCCUCUGUCUGAGUUUGCUCAAGGCAAGAUCACCUGCGAGGAGUUCACCGAGGCAUACUCGCAGAAGCAGUGUAUGGAGGCUGUCGAGGGUUUAAUGUCAGCGCUUGUUCGCAACGCGGACUUUCUUUGUGUUACUCCUGCUGCCAGUCAGUACCACAAGUCUUACCGCGAAUGGAAGAUCACUGCUGCUCGGGCCGUCGCUGUUGACGAGGCGGCUUGUAUGUCUCGAGCCGAUCUUUGUUGUGUAUGGGGAAACACCCUUUUGCCUUGCUUCAUGUUUGGAGACCCUCGCCAGCUCCCCCCUACUGUUCUUACCAAGAGAGAUACCCUCACCAAUACUGACCACUUCGUGAACCGCUUCUCUAGUUACGGAGAGGUUUCUGCAAUGAGUGCGCUCAUGGCUUCUGGGCUCCCAGUUUACCGCCUCAAGGUCCAACUUCGCAUGGUCCAAGGCAUGUUUGAUCUCGUAUCCAGUGUCAUCUAUCCCGACGUACCCUUUACCUACCACAUGAGUCGAGCCGCCACUAAUCCCGAGUUCAAAGUUGGACAGGAAAUUGAGACCUAUCUCGGCGUCAAGUUCCCCGAGCUGAGCGUCCCCAUCGACGGCGCGCUCCGACCUGUUUUCAUUCAUUGUGAGGGCUCACGUGUCUUCCAAGAUCCCAAGACAGGAUCCAAGCGCAGUCGUGACCAAGUCAAGGUCGGCCUUGACGUCCUUCAAGGGGCAGUGGAGAGUCUGGAGAUCGAUCCCAAAGACAUUGCAGUCAUUUCUCCCUAUGCUGCCAAUGUCAAACUUAUCAACUCUAUGCGGCGCAACUACCCUGCUCUGCAUGCGCUCCCUGAUGCUGCGACCAUUGAUUCCUUCCAGGGACAGGAGAGCAUCAUCACUCUCGUCAUCAUGGGCACUGCGCAUCCUCGACCUGGUCCUGGUUUCACCCAGAACAAGCAGCGUCUCAACGUUCUUCUGACCCGGCAGAAGUGUGCUCUUAUUAUCAUCGGUGACAUCAAUGUCGGGAACCCUUUCCGCAAGGGCACCAAGGAGCCGGUCUUCACUGUAGAGACCACCACUGGCGAGAUGAGCUUUGUCAAGGCUCCUGCGCUUCGUGCGAUCUAUCGUGGCUUGAAGGAUACUGGGCGUGUGGUCACUGUGGAUGUGAAGGCGGAGACGGACAAUGUUAGUGAUCCUGAUACGAAGACCUAG